AUGGCUGAGCAGAGAUGUAAAAUUGCUGUAUGGCAGGAAGUUUUUCAAUCCGUAGUCGAAGUGCAGCGACGAUUCAGGGCAGUCUACGGACAGCAUUACACACCUGAUAGGAACACCAUCGUCGCCACCCACCGGAAGUUUAUGGAGACCGGAUCCGUAAAGGACAAACCCCGAUCAGGAAGACCUCGAUGUGGGCGGAGUGAGGAGAAUAUCGAAACUGUCCGUGAGGCGUUAGCUCAGAGUCAAGGAAAGUCCAUUCGACGAGCAGCUGUGGAACUGAACAUCAGCGUGACGUCUAUACAACGGAUUUUGCGGCGUGAUCUCAAGCUGUAUCCGUACAAGAUCCAGAUAGUUCAGAAGCUGGAACCUCAAAGGAUUUUGCGGCGUGAUCUCAAGCUGUAUCCGUACAAGAUCCAGGUAGUUCAGAAGCUGGAACCUCAAGACUACGAUUGCCGGGUGGAGAUGUGUGAAACACUGCUGCAUCACUACGAAAGAGACCCAUUGAUCCUGGAGCACAUGUGGUUCAGCGACGAAGCUCUCUUCCACCUUUCUGGUCGCGUCAAUCGGCACAACACCCGCAUCUGGGGAACUCACAAUCCUAUGGAGAUCCGUGAACAUGAAAGGGACACGCCGAAAUUGGUCGUCUGGUGUGCCAUCUCCUCAGCUGGGCUGAUUGGUUCUGGACCACAAUGCGCAUGCGCGUACGACCCAGGCUUUGGGCGCGGCGUCAUGUCAGCAACCAGAGCUGUCAGUUCCCUACCAACCUUCGUGGUGGAUGAAUCCAACCACGCAUAG